AUGAUGGAGGAGCGAGCGGCCGCCGCCGUCGCCGCCGCCGCCUCCUCCUGCCGCCCGCUGGGCUCCGGCGCGGGCCCCGGCCCGACGGGGGCGGCCCUGGUCUCCGCCCCCGCCCCCGGGCCCGGCCCGGCUGCCAAGGGAGGCGGCGGCGGCGGAGGCAGCCCCGGUCCCGCGGCGGGACCGGAGCCCCUGAGCCUGCCCGGGAUCCUACACUUUAUCCAGCACGAGUGGGCGCGCUUCGAAGCGGAGAAGGCCCGCUGGGAGGCCGAGCGCGCCGAGCUGCAGGCUCAGGUGGCCUUCCUCCAGGGAGAGAGGAAGGGGCAGGAGAAUCUCAAGACGGACCUGGUGCGGCGGAUCAAGAUGUUGGAAUACGCACUGAAGCAGGAGAGGGCCAAAUACCAUAAACUGAAAUUUGGGACAGACCUGAACCAGGGGGAGAAGAAGCCAGAACUGUCGGAACCAGUCUCCAAUGGCCCCGUGGAGUCAGUCACCCUGGAGAGCAGCCCGUUGGUGUGGAAGGAGGGGCGGCAGCUUCUCCGACAGUACCUGGAAGAGGUCGGCUACACCGACACCAUCCUGGACAUGCGGUCCAAGCGUGUGCGCUCCCUGCUGGGCCGCUCGUUAGAGCUCAACGGGGCCGCCGAGCCCAGCGAAGGGGGCCCCAGGGCCCCGCCGGCCCCCGGGGGGCUCAGCGGUGGGGAGUCGCUGCUGGUGAAACAGAUCGAGGAGCAGAUCAAGAGGAAUGCGGCCGGCAAGGACGGCAAAGAGCGCCUGGGCGGCUCGGUGCUGGAGCAGAUCCCCUUCCUGCAGAACUGCGAGGACGAGGACAGUGACGAGGACGACGAGCUGGACAGCGUGCAGCACAAGAAGCAGCGCGUGAAGCUGCCAUCCAAGGCCCUGGUUCCUGAGAUGGAGGAUGAAGACGAGGAGGACGACUCAGAGGACGCCAUCAACGAGUUUGAUUUCCUGGGCUCGGGAGAGGAUGGGGAGGGCUCUCCGGACCCGCGGCGAUGUGCUGGAGAGGGGACCCACCAUGAACUGGAAAGCCGGCGGGUCAAACUCCAGGGGAUCUUGGCUGACCUUCGGGAUGUGGAUGGGCUGCCCCCCAAAGUAACUGGCCCGCCUCCUGGCACCCCCCAGCCCCGGCCCCACGAAGGUUCCUUUGGCUUCUCCUCAGACGUUUUCAUCAUGGACACUAUCGGGGGCGGGGAGGUGAGCCUGGGGGACUUGGCAGAUCUCACCGUCACCAACGACAACGACCUCAGCUGUGAUCUGUCUGACAGCAAAGACGCCUUCAAGAAGACCUGGAACCCCAAGUUCACUCUCCGCUCCCACUAUGACGGCAUCCGCUCCCUGGCUUUCCAUCACAGCCAGUCAGCUUUGCUCACCGCUUCCGAGGACGGCACGCUGAAGCUCUGGAACCUCCAGAAGGCAGUCACGGCCAAGAAGAACGCCGCGCUAGAUGUGGAGCCUAUCCACGCCUUCCGGGCUCACAGGGGCCCCGUGUUGGCCGUGGCCAUGGGCAGCCACAGUGAAUACUGUUACAGUGGUGGGGCAGAUGCCCGCAUCCAUAGCUGGAAGAUUCCAGACCUCAACAUGGACCCCUACGACGGUUACGACCCGAGCGUGUUGAGCCACGUCCUGGAGGGCCACGGGGACGCGGUGUGGGGCCUGGCCUUCAGUCCCGCCUCCCAGCGCCUGGCCUCCUGCUCUGCCGAUGGCACCGUCCGCAUCUGGGACCCCAGCAGCAGCAGCCCAACCUGCCUCUGCACCUUCUCCACAGCCAGCGAUCACGGGACCCCCACCUCAGUGGCCUUCACCAGCACCGAGCCUGCCCACAUCGUGGCCUCCUUCCGUUCUGGCGACACCGUCCUGUAUGACCUGGAGGCUGGCAGUGCCCUCCUCACGCUGGACUCCCGGGGGAAUAGCGGCCCAACCCAGAUCAACCAGGUGGUGAGUCACCCCAGCCAGCCCCUCACCAUCACCGCCCAUGAUGACAGAGGCAUCCGUUUCCUGGACAACCGCACAGGGAAAUUGGUGCACUCCAUGGUCGCCCACCUGGACGCGGUCACCUGCCUCGCCGUGGACCCCAAUGGCGUCUUCCUGAUGUCAGGAAGCCAUGACUGCUCGCUGCGUCUGUGGAGCCUGGACAACAAGACGUGCGUUCAGGAGAUCACGGCCCACCGCAAGAAGCAUGAGGAGGCCAUCCAUGCGGUUGCCUGCCACCCCAGCAAGGCCCUCAUCGCCAGCGCGGGCGCCGACGCCCUGGCCAAGGUCUUCGUAUGA